AGCAUUGUGAGAGAGACAGUGGACAGAAGAGUGACAAACCAUUAACCAUGUCUCUUGUAGCGAACGAGGAUUUUCAGCACAUUCUUCGUGUUCUGAACACAAAUGUGGAUGGUAAGCAGAAGAUCAUGUUCGCCCUUACUUCCAUCAAAGGUAUUGGCCGUCGCUUCGCCAACAUCGUCUGCAAGAAAGCCGACGUUGAUAUGAACAAAAGGGCUGGUGAACUAUCAGCUGCUGAACUUGAUCAGCUAAUGACAAUUGUGGCAAAUCCACGCCAAUUCAAGAUUCCUGACUGGUUUCUCAAUAGGAAGAAGGAUUACAAGGAUGGUAAAUACUCUCAGGUUGUUUCCAACGCAUUGGACAUGAAACUCAGGGAUGAUCUUGAGCGUUUGAAGAAAAUAAGAAACCACCGUGGUCUGCGACACUACUGGGGUCUUCGAGUUCGUGGACAGCACACCAAGACCACAGGACGAAGGGGGAAGACUGUUGGUGUCUCUAAAAAGCGUUAAAUGUGUUCUCGUUCAAGUUCUUUGCAACCCAAAGUUUUGCUGUUUCAGUUCCACCUGGAGAUUUUGUUGGUUCUAGUAGAUUUACAGGAUGUCGAGAUGUCUGUUUUGCCUUUUUAACAUUUGGUGUUGAGAGGAAAUAUUUUUCUUUGCUUUAGCUUCAUUAUCUUCUUUUUCUUCAAUUUUUUUACUCAAUUUUAUGAAGUCCUUGAACUUCUUGUUUAUCCUGCAUUAAUGCAGUACACCGUAUUAUCUUGGUUGAAACAGGAUUGCUAAUCAACAGUGUUGUUUCAGCAAUAUUAUGAUGAAAAUACACCAUUGCAAUUCUUCACCAAAGAGUAAGUCUUGCCGAAGUACAUGUGCAUAUUCAUAUGGUUUGGUGGUUAGUUGUUGAAUACUUUACACCGUCAGCUACUAUCUCUGACCACAAUCUAUAAUCGUUACUUCCAGUUCAUUAUGCAUAUGUAACAUCUAUAGUCACUGAAACAUUGUGAAAUAUUAGGAGGAAGAAUCUUUUUGUACAUAA